GUUGCCGCUGGCGGUAUUGAGAAACUUCAGCAGCAGCAGCGCGCACCACUGUCCACAAGAGGAAGGACUAAUAACCAACAAAACUUCUCUCUCAACAUCUCUCUCCCGCUUCCCCGGAACACCGCCCGCUGCCGUAUGAACUCCGACCUGCGAUUCACCACUUCCUCUCACUGCAGCUGAGAAUAUUCGCGCUUUUGUACACAACUUUGAACGGCCGGCGAGGAAGUCGGCAGGCAGGUCCUUGUGACUUCCUCUUCUUCGUUGGAAUUUCGAGAUUUCUAGGCGGGAAAAUGCGUGUCUCGGCGCUUCUGACUUCCUUAGGGAUAAAUUCCACUCUAUGCGUUCUGUUCUUCACUUUGUAUUCUGUGUUGAGGAAGCAGCCUGGCUACUACAAAGUUUACAUUCCGCGGCUUCUGGCUCAAGGGAGCUCUAGACGAGAAGGUCGUUUCAAAUUUGGAAGGCUUAUACCGUCCCCUGGUUGGCUGGCUAGAGCUUGGAGGCUAUCUGAAGAGGAUAUACUAUCAUCCAAUGGAUUGGAUGCUUUGGUAUUUAUGCGAUCUAUAACUUUCUGUUUGAAAGUAUUUGCUUUUGCUGGAGUAAUAGGGAUCUUUGUUCUUCUUCCAGUGAAUAGCAUGGGGACUCAACUUCAUGAAAUCGACUUCACCGAUAUAGCAAACAACUCUUUGGAUGUUUUUACGAUUUCAAAUGUCAAUGAUGGAUCGGAAAGGCUGUGGAUUCAUUUCGCUGCUGUCUACACCGUAACAAUAUUCGUAUGUGGUCUUCUUUUUACUGAAUACAAGUAUAUAUCAUCAAAGAGGAUUGCCUUUUUUCAUUCUUCGGAUCCUCAGCCUCAUCAGUUCACCAUCUUAGUGAGCAAUAUCCCUGCAUCGAGUGAUAUCAGCAUCGGCGAGAGCGUUGAAAGAUUCUUCAGAGAGAAUCACCCUGCUACAUAUCUUUCUCAUGUGGUUAUUCGGCGAACAAGCAAAAUUCGAAAUCUUACUCAUGAUUUCUGUCUGAAGAAUGAAGCGAAGAAUCUAUAUAAAAGGGUUACUCACUCACGAGCCGGAUCACUGCAAGAUAAGCACACAAUAUUCUCAGAGAAGGUUGAUCUUGAUCGUUAUGAGAAGCGGUUAGAAGACAUUCGGCAACACGUCAGACUAGAACAAUCAGAUAUAUCGAUGUCUAAAGAUACUCGAGCAGCUUUUGUAUCUUUUCGGACUCGAUAUGGUGCUGCCAUUGCUCUCCAUUUGCAACAAGCUGUCAACCCCUUACAUUGGAUUACUGAAGAAGCUCCUGCCCCUAAAGAUGUUUAUUGGCCUUUCUUCUCAUCAACUUUCAUGCAAAGAUGGACAUCUAAGCUCGUUAUCGUGGUUGUCUGUGUUCUCCUUACAAUUCUCUUCCUUAUUCCUGUGAUAAUAGUACAAGGUCUUACAAACCUAAGUCAGUUGGAGGCUUGGUUUCCAUUUCUGAAGAAUAUUCUAUCCAAGACAUUCGUUAGCCAAAUAGUUACAGGAUAUCUUCCCAGUCUAAUCCUGCAGUUGUUUCUAAAGAUUGUACCUCCUAUCAUGAGAUUCCUUUCUUCGAUCCAAGGAUAUAUUUCUCUCAGUGAGAUUGAGAAGAGUGCAUGCAACAAAGGAAUUUGGUUCACAGUUUGGAAUGUCUUCUUUGCAACUGUGUUUUCUGGGUCAGUUUUUUAUCAGCUUUCCAUUGUCCUCGACCCCAAAAGCCUUCCUGAAAAGCUGGGUAUUUCUGUUCCAGCUCAGGCAUCAUUUUUCAUUGCUUAUGUCGUCACAACUGGAUGGACAAGCGUAGCAUCAGAACUUUUUCGCGUAAUUCCAUUCGUUGGCAGUCUUAUUGCCAAGUGUUUGGGAAGAAGUACAGAUGAUGAGGAGGAUGUUGAAGCUCCCUCUAUCUGUUUUCAUAGAGACUUUCCGAGGAUGCUCUUCUUCGGACUGCUUGGAAUUGCGUAUUUCUUCCUAGCCCCGCUGAUUCUACCUUUCCUCCUGGUGUAUUUUUGCAUGGUAUACUUCAUCUUCCGCAACCAGUUCAUACAUGUGUACGCGCCCAAGUACGAAACUGGUGGGAGGUUUUGGCCGAUGGUACACGACACCAUGAUCUUCUCCCUAGUUCUCAUGCACGCAAUUGCAGUCGGAAUCUUUACACUGAAGAAGCUGUCUUGGGCAUCCACCUUAGUGUUCCCACUUCCAGCCAUCACGCUUCUCUUCAACGAGUAUUGUAGGAAGCGCUUCCUGCCGGUCUUCAGAGCUUACCCUGCAGAGGUUUUGAUCAGGAAGGACAGAGCAGAUUGGAACCAGGGUUUAAUGACUCGGUUUUAUGGUAACUUGGUCACUGCCUAUGAGGACCCAGCUAUGGUUCCGAUUAGUUAUUCCCGUAAUCCAGACAGUCUUGACCUUCCUCUUCUAUCUCCUGUUUCAAUUUGAACAGGAUGCAGUGACUGCAUGUUGUAACUGUAUUGUGGUGGGUAUACAUAAACAUAUUUCUUCAUUCACACAUCCUCUGAUUCAAUUGGGAAAAACUGUGAAAGGAAUUGAGCAUUUGGUUUAGAAAUGUGGGGGCAGAAAUAAGGGAAACAGAAAGGGUGUGAAAACCAAAUUGACGCAUGGAUCGCCAGAUCGGACUAUACCGAAUCGAAUGUAAUGUGAUCCAGUUUUUGAUCCCAUAAUUUUUAUAAAUAGUUGAAGAAAAAUAAACUGAACCAAACUGGA